UUUCCUACCGAUAAAAGAUGAGAAGAAGCUCGGGGUCACACGUUUUCUUGCUUAUUUUCUUUCGUUUUCUCCCACUGAUGCAUGGCGUACCGCUUGCUCCGGCAUUGUACGUGUUUGGGGAUUCAUUGCUGGACAGUGGCAAUAAUAACUUGUUGCCAACUCUUGCCAAGGCCCAUUUUCCUCCAUACGGAAGAGACUUUGCCAAGGGUUCUACUGGAAGGUUUACAAAUGGAAGAACAGUCGCAGAUUUUAUAGCUGAAUUUCUUGGACUGCCAUAUUCUCCACCAUUCUUGAGUAGACGUAACACAACAGUGACAGGGUUGAACUAUGCUUCUGGAUCCUGCGGCAUACUGCCAGAAACCGGAAGCUCAUUAGGUAAAUGCCUAAAUUUGGGUGAGCAAAUUAGUUUGUUUCAGCUGACCAUUGCGUCAGACUUGAAAAAACACUUCGAUAGCUCAUCUAAGUUGUCAGAGUAUUUAUCAAAGUCUAUCUUUUUAUUCUCUGUCGGCAGCAAUGAUUAUCUGAAUAUAUAUAGCGGAAACAGCAUAUUUAACAGUAGCAAAAAAAACACUCCGCAGCAAAUUGCUACUUUCCUCUCGGACAAGCUAUCUGCUCACUUUGAGACACUUUACAAUUUAGGAGCAAGGAAGAUAGUUAUGUUUGAAAUCGGCCCCAUUGGAUGUACCCCUGCGGUUGCAAAGACACAUCAAAAAACCGGACCAUGUUUAGAAGAAUCAAAUCAGCUUGUUUCGUAUUUUAACAAUAAGCUGCCGACAAUGCUAGGAAAUUUGACAUUCUCUCUUCCCGGAUCAACCUUUAUUCUUGCCCGAUGUAAUUGGUUAGGGAAUGAUGCGGUCAUGAAUCCUUCUAAAUAUGGCUUAGAAGACACGAGCAAUGCAUGUUGCCUUACUUGGCAAAAUGGGACUUCAGCGUGCAUUCCAUGGGUAGCGCCAUGUCUUAACUCAAACAAAAACUACUUUUGGGAUGGCUAUCAUCCUACUGAAGCUGUCUAUUCAGAAAUAGCAAGUGGUUGCAUCAAGGGCAAUACUGUUUGCGUUCCUCUUAAUUUGCAACAGCUGGUUCAGAUGUGAAUAUGUAUACUGGCUGCAUUCAUUCUCGCAAGGAUUCUCAAUUUUGGAAAAUAUUGUGCUUGCUUAAAUUAAAGGUUUAUUUUUUUCUGUUUUCUUAGAUUCUGUCCAGGCUUUGUGAUAUUUUUCCA